AUGGAUGACGAAAAUGGUGGCCUUGUUGACCCUGCAAUUGUUGAAUUUGAAUACCUUCCUGAUCUUCGUAGUUUCUAUGAUUUCUGCGAAACCCCUAGCAGUAUUGAGUGUCGUACAGUGAUUGAACCGUUUACACUAUCGUACGAAACUGGACAGACCGUACACUGUGAUUUACCCGAUGGCUUGAUAUGCUUUCAUGAAGACAAUGUGUCCCCUUGUAUGAACUACAAGAUUCGAUUGUGUUGCCCGUUGCCAUUGGAAAAUAACGAACUAUGUGUUGGUGACAAUUUAUAUAAAAUGGUUUGGCAAGGCUCCCUGACGUGGCACGACGCAGAUACACAAUGCAAGGACCUCUUCGCUCCAAGAGGCUUUGUUGCCGGUUUAGCUAAUUUAGAAUCUAACAGUGUACGAAACUCGGUGAGAAAUUUCACAAAGAAUGUUCCGGGAUUGUCCGACCCAAAAGGGAAAGGCUACUGGAUUGGGUGUCACGACGAGGAAAAUGAAGGCAUAUUCGUAUGGUUGAAUGGAGAGAAGGUUAAUGUGCCUGACAGUGCCUGGUAUUCCUAUCCAAACAACAAAUAUACCGGUAAUUGCGAUGCAAAAGAUGGGGACCAGGAUUGUUGUCAACUGUGGAAAAGACCAAAAAAUGACCCUACCUUCAAAAUGGAUGAUGUGUGCUGUACAGAUAAAAAGGCUUUCAUUUGUGAAGUUCUGUCGGUUGUGGUGAUAUAUAUCAUCGCCAAACGCUCCCCACCCCGUGACAAUAAAGACUUACAGAUGAACACUCUACCAGGGAUGUCUGUUAUGAGACCUGUAUUUGAGACAAGCUCUUGUCUUGUCUAUACAGUUGAAUAUCCCCAACAUGCACCUCUCAUACAUACUGCGCGUUAUGUAUUGUUUCAUAGAUACAUAGAGUUAGAGGUUAAUACGCAAACAGAGUGUGGGAAUUGGACGCAGUGGAUGGAUGACGAAAAUGGUGGUCUUGUUGACCCUCAACUUGGUGAAUUUGAAUACCUCCCUGAUCUUCGUAGCCUCUAUGAUUUCUGCGAAACCCCUAGCAGUAUUGAGUGCCGUACAGUGCUUGAACCGUAUACACUAUCGUACGAAACUGGACAGACCGUACACUGCGAUUUACCUGAUGGAUUGAUAUGCUUUCAUGAAGACAAUGUUUCCCCUUGUAUGAACUACAAGAUUCGAUUGUGUUGCCCGUUGCCAUUGGAAAACGACGAACUAUGUGUUGGUGAUAAUUUAUAUAAAAUGGUUUGGCAAGGCUCCCUGACGUGGUACGAUGCAGACAUACAAUGCAAGAACCUCUUCGCUCCAAAAGGCUUCGUUGCCGGUUUAGCUAAUUUAGAAUCUAAUGAGGUACGAAACUCUGUGAGAAGGUUCAUAAAGAAUGUUCCAGGUUUCUCCGACCCAAAAGGGAAAGGCUACUGGAUUGGGUGUCACGACGAGGAAAACGAAGGCAUAUUCGUAUGGUUGAAUGGAGAGAAGGUUAAUGUGCCAGACAGUGCCUGGUAUUCCUAUCCAAACAACAAAUAUACCGGUAAUUGCGAUGCAAAAGAUGGGGACCAGGAUUGUUGUCAACUGUGGGAAAGACCAAAAAACGAUCCUUCCUUCAAAAUGGAUGAUUCCUGCUGUACAGACAACAAGGCUUUCAUCUGUGAAGUUCCUGGAUAUUGCGCACGUCCAUAGAAGACGAUGUCACACCGGUAUAUGUGGUUUAUAAGACGUGACAAUUAUACACAAUGAUAAGUAAUCAUUUACAAUAUAAAUGAUAUGUAAAUUACCGACACAUUCUCAAUUAAAUUCAUCAUUCACCAAU